AUGGAGCGCUUCAUCGCGCUUUUCGCGCUUCUUCUCGUUGCCGUUUACGGCGUCUUUAGUCCGCCGAGUUCGGUGAAAUAUAGCGAUGCGAAAUGUGAGAAUUGGGAUCGACGUCUUAAUGCUGAAAAAUGUCCAGCCGGAUGGACAUCCUUUAUGCGGAAUAAUGAAAAGCAUUGCGUUCAAGUGUUUCCGACCGCUUUGGGCAUCGCCGACGCCAAAACAUGCUGCGCCCAAUAUGGAAGUGGUGGAGUUUUGGCGGCGUUGGCAAAUAAACAUCAAGUAUUCGCUAACGGCGGUUUCGUUCGAAUCGGCUUCGAGCGAAAAAUUGAGUGCUACUUCAUGAAUCCAGCGAAUUGUCGUGGAAUCAAAGGCUUCAGAUGGCUCGAUCCGUCGAUUUCGGGAACCGGUGCCUUCAAGUUCCGCAAGGGCCAACCCGACUAUUAUCACUUCCAGCAGCAUUACGGAGUGAUGAUGACAAAGGCUAUAAAUCAGAAGAAUGAAAAAUGGGAGGCAGGCGAUAUGGAAGACGUUGAGGCAACUUAUGGCGGCGAUCCGGAGAGGCCGGCGAAGAAAAUUCGAGGCUACGCGUGCAGUAUUAAAGCACUCACAUGUCUUUAA